UAAUGUUUAGGCGACUGGUAACUGUAUAUAUAUCACUGAAAGUAAACAUCGGAACUACAGCGAAAUUAACAAAGUUGAGAAAGUUGCGUAUCUUUGGGUAGAGAAAAAUAAAGAGGAAUAAAGAAAUUAACGAGAAAGUUUGUAGGAAUUGAUUUCUGGACUACAUGUAUACAUUUCCGCCCGCGAUGUGUUUAGUUACGCGAAUCACUGGGUUUUUAGCUUGGUAGUUAAGCACAAUAAAAGUGACCAGCUAGCCCUGGCAUAUGGUGAACGUCCUGUGCCUUUAUGACUAUGCCGAUGUCCUCCAUUGAAAAAGACGAUUUCAGUAUCACGCCUCGUACAAUCGCCCGGCUUGUCCUGGAGGCCGAGCAGGAUCACCGCAAUGGGGGACAUUCGUCUAACGGGAGCACUGCCAGUAACUCUCCGCGCAGCACGCCAGGCAGCUCGCCUUCCAUGCGACGCAGAAUGCUGGUGGGUAGGGCUGCUGAGGGUGACUGGAGCCAGGAGCGCAGUGCUGGCAGUUCUGACAGCCCCUUGACCCCUACUCCUGCCUCAUCAUCAUCCUCAUCCUAUGCCCUUGCCCCUCGACACUUCACACGUAAUGCCAAGAAAAUACAGAGCUGGUAUAAUGUACUCAGUCCUACCUACAAACAACGUAAUGAAGACUUCCGUAAACUCUUCAAGAAGCUGCCUGACACUGAGAGACUCAUAGUGGAUUACUCCUGUGCUCUCCAGAAGGACAUCUUGCUGCAGGGACGUCUGUAUUUGUCAGAAAACUGGCUUUGCUUCUAUAGCAACAUCUUUCGCUGGGAGACCACUAUUACUAUCUUGCUGAAAGAUGUUGUGAACCUCACCAAGGAGAAGACAGCGAAGCUCAUCCCCAAUGCCAUCCAGAUCAGCACCGACCAUGACAAGCACUUCUUUACCUCAUUUGGAGCACGAGAUCGCAGCUACAUGAUGAUCUUCAGGCUCUGGCAGAAUGCCCUGUUGAGCAAGCCUCUCUCCCCAAAAGAGCUGUGGCACAUUGUGCACCAGUGCUACGGCACCGAGCUGGGCUUGACUAGUGAGGACGAUGACUAUGUCUCGCCCACCAAUGAUCACAUUAAUGGUCUGCUGCCAGGGGAUGAGCCAGUGUCAAUGUCAGAUGAUCUAGAUCUGGAUUCGGUGCCUGUGACUAUGAUGGGUUGCUCUCCCCCAUCUGUUGCUGUUCCUGUCUCCUCCCCUCCAUCUGGUCUACCCAUAGAGGUGACUGCAUCCAAGUCUAGUAUGGAGCUCAGUCCUCCAAGUGACCAAAGCUCAGUCUCCUCUCCAGCCAAUCCUGUUCAGCCUGAACGGACAUCAGCAGGGGAAGCUGGUGAUCCUCCAUCUGAUUCCAUCAAUCACUUGCUGUCCCCUGCACCACCAAGCUUAGAAAACAUUUCCUCCCUGGACAUCACCAAUGAAGAGGAUCUCCCCACUGACCCCAGCAACUCUUCAGACACACAGGAAGAAAGUGAGGUCGAGUCCUUCUGCGCCGAUUUAAGUGGCCGGCUGCAUAUCAACACAGUAAUCCGCAUGGGCGUGGACAAGCUGCAUGACUUGCUCUUUUCUGCGGACACGCACUUCAUUCAGCACCUAUUCUCCCAGCGUCAGUUUACAGACCUCAGGGUGCAGCAAUGGCAGCAGGAUAGCAGCAGUGGGAAUGCAAGCCGUGUGCUGAAUUAUACUAUUGCCAUUAAUAACCCGCUUGGGCCAAAGACUGCCCGGGUUAUGGAGACGCAGACCCAGUACAAGAGCAGCAUCCAGGGAGAAUGCUAUGUGGUGGACUCAGAAGUUAUAACCUCAGGUAUCCCAUACCAGGACUAUUUCUUCACUGUACACAGAUACUGCCUAACUUCCAUCAACCGGCAAAAGAGUCGCCUCAGGGUGUCCUCAGAUAUCUGCUACAGGAAGCAGCCCUGGAGCCUGGUUAAAGCCCUGAUAGAGAAAAACACCUGGAGUGGCAUUGAAGAGUAUUACAGGCACAUGGAGAUGGAGGUAACCAAGCUAGAGACGCUGCUUCAAUCCAAAGUGUCUGUGAUAGCGUCGGGGGAGGCCAGUGUCAGCGAGACGGCCAAGGGCCCCCCAGGCCUGCGCAGACGCAAGCGCACCUGCUCCCGGCGGACAGGGGAGAGAGAAGCGGCAGACGGCGGUCUUGGGGAGCGGGGGGAGAGGGGCUCUGUGGAGGAGAAGGAUAAGAGGGAGAAAGGUGCACAUUAUUUGAAGCUGAGAGAACAUUUGAGAGGAGGCAGUGGCAAUACUAUCACACUGCUCAUCGUCAGCUUCAUUCUGCUGGUGCUCGUGGUUUUGAACAUGCUGCUCUUCUACAAGCUGUGGUCUCUGGAGCAUGCGGCGUACACUCUGGAAACCUGGCACUCCUAUUCCCACACAGACAGCCCCCUGCCCCAAACUGUAGAGGAGUGGACACAAGUUAUUCAGAUGCACAGGCAGUUUCACCAGGCCCAACUGAAUAAGUGGCAGCAAAUUCUGAAAUCGUCCGUCGCCAUGCUGGACCAGAUGAAACACUCUCUGGAGAAGCUACAGAGAGGAAUUGUCACUCCUGAAGUAGGACAGGCCUCCCCCUCAGAGCCACCCACAGACUAAUCCUCUCAGCAGUGAGCCUGUCUGCUGCAAACUGCACGUCGAGGACUCCCCCAUUUUGCUGCGUGUGAGUAGUGAUUCUCCAUGGGAAGAGUCCCGGGAAACCCAGACUUACAAAAAGGCAGUGCAAUAGUAACAGGAGUGCAGGAUGUUCAAGGAAGCCAACAAUGAGCCCCAUGUUUACCCACAGCACCUCUGGCCCAGGGCCUAAAUUCCUGGUUCAUUGUGCUCAAACAUAAAACAUGAUUUAGCACCAUCUGGUUGGCUAUGCUUAAAAGCGACAUGUGGUAGGUAUUCACACCAGUUUGUGAGCAUCUUAAAGAAGGUGCUGUUUCUCAAGCAAGGAAAUGAGAUGUGUAUAAGACACCAACACAACGUCUGCGCACCUGGCAGCCUGCACCUCUUGCCACUUUAUUGCAGCCAAACCUGUGUCUUGCUCUGCUAACAUUCAGUUGUCGUUCUCUGCCCAAGUGAACUUUUCUAUGUUAAAGAUGAAACCGCUCCUCGUUGUCUGUGCAUUCGAUCUUAAAUGAUCAUUUCAUGGGUUCUGAGAGGGGGAAUAUGGUGAACUGAUGCACGUUACAGUCACAAUAUUUAUUGAUUAAAAAGUCAUUUUGUCUCCUCUAAUCAUGGACCAAGAAAGGGUGAAAUAAUUUGAACUUGAUGUUUAUUGUAACAACAAUGAUAAUAGUCUGAAAUGAAAAAGAAAGUAGUUGUGCUGCAAGAGAGAAACAAGUGUAUUUGAACAACACUAGUUACUUUUAUUAUGGUUAUCUUAUUUUAAACCUUAUCUGUUAAUUUUCAUUGUCAUGUAUGUUUACUAUAUGUAUAAAUAUUUUGUUUAUAGGAUAUGUAAGAUCUUUGAUUUGCAUGCUUUUUUUCCCUACUAGACUAAGGGAUUUGUUUCCCAGAGCUAUCGAUGUGUUUAUGUAACUGGAUUAUGGAACUGAUUAGGAUUUUUUAGGGGUCUUGGCCCAAAGGAAGAACCAGAAAUUUUGCAGUAUUAUGUCCAUCUCCUGCCCCACCCUGGGUUGUGCCUGUAGCCUCUCGGAUAGGCUCCGGACUCUCUGUGACCCUUAAGAGGAUGAGCAGUUUCAGAAAAUGGACGGAUGGAUCUCUCUCCUAUCAGCUCUCUCUCCUCUUCCCUCCAUGGCACUCUCUCUUGCCUUCUUGUGCAUCUGUUGCAAAAGUGUCAGGGCCUUGCUGUGCAUGGCUCCCAGGAAGUCAUGAAAUGAUGUAUUGUGGACUUUGCUUGGAUGUAUUUACUGUAUGAUUGAAUUGCGUAUUUAAUUGUUUCAUAAGGAAUAAGUAUAAAUAACUUCUACUGUGCAACUUUUUUUUUUGUCAUUUCUGGGGUGAUGUUUCACUGUGGUGCAUUUGGGAUGAACGGCCACACAGGAAUCUGAAGAGCUGAAACAAAUGUUCAGCUGAAGUCAUACUCACAUGAAUCUCCCUCCCUCUUUUUCACACUUUGGUGUCACAAUGCAUAUAUAUCUUAAAUACAUUAAAAAUAACUUCAGUUGCCCCUAACAUAACGAUGGUUUAACUUGUCAAUGGUGUGAUACUGAUGCACAUUCUGUAGUCAUCAAACAUUGAAUUUUGUCCUGAUCCUGGGCUAGCGAUAUGCUGUAUGAUUUUUUCACAUUAUGAUGGAUUCAUUGGAUUGCAACCUCAUCAUAAGUCGAGGAGUAGCUGCAUUGUUGUUAAAAACAUAUUUCAUAGUACAUUAUAUCCAUAAAAAUGAAAAUUAAACAGUUUCUGGUGUAAUUUAACUUACAAUUUAACUUAACAGAUUCCCAGGUCAACUCAGGUUUUAUUGUUUUAUAGCAUGUAGGGCAUGGCUAACCUAAUGCACUCAUCUAAAACCGUGAGCAUGCCUUAACACUGUAUUCAUACUGUGUUCCAGUAUGAAUAAUGUACAUAAACACAAAUGCUAACUGGAGUGAGAAAAUACAACAACCUAUUAUGAUACACUAUAAUCUAUUUUCCCGUCAAGCACUUAGGUAAAAAAAAACCCCAUUAUUCUGAAAAUGAAAGCAUAUCGGUAGCUUACUACUCUUAUGCUCGUCCUGAUCCUUUAACAAAAAAAGUGUUACAAUGAAAUAGUGAAUUUUGUGCAGAACAUUUGAUUUGAAAUGCAACAAAAAUUGCAAUUAAAAGCCCUUCAGUUAGUGGCAGAAUGCACAUAAGGGACAUGUACAUGUGACAUGCCGAUAUUUUGGUGUUUCUCCCCCCAAAGUGUAUACCUAGAUUAAACAUGCAUAAACCCCAGACUUAAGUGCAUGGGAGAAUUGAGUGAUCACUUUAAAUGUUCUUACUCUUAUUCAUUGAUCUACCAAUUGUCAGUGAUUCAUACUGAUUCAUACACCUCAAGGACAGUGGCAUUAUAAGCGUAAUAUUAACAGUAGUGUUUUUCUCAGGUGCCAGUAAGUUCAAAAAGCAUAAAUUAAGAAAUGUCUCCUAAAACCAAAUACUUUUUCUGUUACAAUAUACUAAUCAAAACAUAUAUGGCAGUGUGUCCAUUUAUAUCAGGUUUUUUGUCAUGGCUAUCAAAUAAAAUCAGUCAUUCAUGUA